CUUUCUACUCUACUUUUAUAUGUUGUUAUAUUUUGCUAUGCCUAUCAUCAAAGCAUCUGCCUUGUUUCUUGGUUUGGUUAGGUCUCUACCUUUGUGGAUGGGAUUCUUUCUUCUUUUUUCAUUUUGAAUGUGUCGGCACGCUAGGAAUAAGGCAUUAGUAUUAGAAAGACUACGCUGUAUUCAUUUUAUAAGCAUUCUCCUUAUUACAUCUUUCUUUGCCAUAGCCAAAGUUCCCCUUUCCUUUUGAAACCUAUCGUGGUAGAGGUGCGAUUGGGGAAGAGAGAUGAGUGAGUCAGGAAAUUUUGGGCAUCAGCAUUCACUGGUGUUGAAUGAAGGGCAGAGCAAUCAAAGUGAAAGAGCUUUCUGCUCAAGGUGUAAAAAGAAGCUGUCACUGUCAGCUCCAAGUUUUAGCUGUGCGGAGUGUGAGUUUCACCUCCAUAAGAAAUGUGCUGAGGCACCCUUGGAGAUCAAUCACCCUUUUCAUUGCAAGCAUCCUUUCCUCCUUCUGCAACACCCACCUUAUGGAGGACGCUGCUUUUGCGAUUUUUGUGGUGAGACAUGUAAGGCCUUCAUUUAUCAUUGCUCUUGUGGAUUAGACUUUCAUAUCACAUGUGCUUUAUUUACAUAUAAUAUUGCUCAAAAAAAUUUUGAAGAGCUUCAACAUGUUGCUCUUCAAGAUCCAUUGGUUUCCACCGAAAAUGAUGGUGAAGAACUUGAUAGUUUUCAGUGUUUCGGGUGUUGGAAACCGUUGCUAAGUUCUACCUACUUUUCUCUUGAUUGUGGAUUCCAUCUCCAUAAAAAAUGUGCUGAAUUAGCUCUCAAAAUCAGUCAUAUGUGUCACCGCAAACAUCCUCUUGUUCUACAAUUUUAUAGUCUAUGGCUUUCUUGCAACAUAUGCCAAGACACCCGACGAAGAGGAUUUGUUUAUUGUUGUUUGCCUUGCAAGGUUGCUGUUCACAUUGAGUGUGUAUCACCCUUGCCCGUCAUUGAAGAUAAAAGUCAUCAACAUCCGUUCACCCUGUUCUGGAUACGUGCCCCUUUCGUUUGUCAUGCGUGUGGUAUUGAAGGAAAUUGUGCUGCCUACGUGUGUUGCACGUGCAGCAUUAUAGUUCAUAAAAAAUGCAUUUCAUUGCCACGCAUUAUCAAGCAAAAGAGGCAUCACCAUCUCAUUUUUCACAAAUAUUUCCUUCAUGAAGACGAUUUUAAGAGUUGGGAUUGCAUAAUUUGUCAUGAAGACGUCAAUGCGGAGCACGGCUGUUACUCUUGUUCAGAUUGCAAAAUUACUGCCCAUGUGAAUUGUGCAAUGAAGGAUGAAAAUUGGUAUUAUCUAGUUUCACCAGAAAACAAAGAUGAGGAAUCUACUAAUAGUUUGGCACUUUUGCCUGGUGAAUCUAUUGACUCCAUCACUUGUGUUUUUGAGAGGAAUGAUGCCGGAGAAGCCACAAAAAUAAAACAUUUCAAGCAUAUGCAUGACUUGAUGUUAAGUGAGAAAAUUGCGGGGUAUGAUAAAUGUUGUGAGGGGUGCAUGUUACCUAUCUCAGCUUCCUUUUACUGUUGUUCAGAAUGUGAUAUCUUUCUUCAUAAAGCCUGUGCUGAAUUACCUAAGAUGAAGAUGUUGCAUUCUUCGAUACAUGUAUGCCCACGAAGAUCGCUCAGCCUUACUUCAAACUGCAUUUUCAGAUGUGGUUUAUGUUGGCACCUGUCUAAUGGCUUUGCCUAUAAAUGUGAUGAAUGCGGGGGUACGGUAUGCCUUCGAUGUGGAGCUCUAGAACUUGAUAGUACUCUAACAUGUCGAGGACACGAACACCCCCUCCGUUUGCAUUUCGAGUAUGAAGGAAAGUGUUGUGCUUGUGGUGGUGACAUUUUACUUAUGGCAUACCGUUGUAAGGAUUGCAGUUUUGCUUUACAUUGUAAAUGUGUUGCAAUACCAACUACAACCCAACACAAAUGCGAUGAACAUGUUCUUGUACUCACAUACGGAGAUGAUAAUGAUUAUUUAGAAUGUCAUUAUUGUGAUAUUUGUGAGAAAGAAAGAGAACCAAAUCUUUGGUUUUAUCAAUGUAUAAUUUGCUAUACUUUUGCUCAUAUCGAUUGUGUCCUUGGAAGAUAUCCAUUUAUCAAACUCGGGAGUAUCUAUAAAGAAGGAGAUCAUCCACACCCUCUCACUUUUGUGAAGAAGAUUUAUUACUACCCUAAAUGCAUUGAAUGUAGUAAGUCUUGUCAAGAUUUGGCUCUUGAAUGUGUUUUUCCUGGAUGCAACUAUAUUGUCCAUUGGAAGUGUAUAGCACCAGAUAAUCUACAGUGGUCAGUUCACUUAUUGUAGAAAUGUCUAGAUGGAGGUCUUAUUGGUCAAGAUAUAUACAGGAAAACCCAGGCAGGGUAUGGUCCAUAUUACUAGUAAUGCUUGUUAUUUUUGUAAUUGUUACUUAUUUUCAAUUUCAAAUUUAAAUGUAAUGCAGUGAUUUGGACUUAGAAUGUGUGAGGUUUGGAUUGCUUUUAAUUAUUCGGUCUAGAAUUUCUCUCUAAUUUGAAAGUGUGAUUGUACUUCUAUAUAUA